AUGAUGCUUGCAGCUGCCACGCCGUAUUGGUCACAGUCCACUGGGGUGCAUCAGCAACCCACGGCACAUUACUGCAGACUCUCCUGUCCAAACUGCGGUCGCAGCUACAAGUAUCGAAGCGGUCUGCGAGGACAUAUCGCCGACUGUCUCUCGGAAAAAGAGAAAUUGGAAGCUGAUUUUCGUCAACGACAGGAGCAGCGGCGGCAGCGAGAACAGCAGCAGCAGGUGCAGCCGCCGCGACUGGAGCAGUUCACUGCGAAAGACGUCAGAAUACUGUACAAGUUUUGGAAAUCGUAGAUACUUGUGUAGCACAGAGACGAAUGAAAAUCGGUAGUAAAAAAUCUUCCAUCCAUU